AUGGAUCUGGAUGAUGACCAUCGCUCUAUGUCUAUGGACAGACCUCUAUCACCGAGACCCUCUAGAUCUGUCACGAUAGACCCGAAUCAACUCGCAAACGGAGCAUACAGUAAUUCGAGAUCAGAGUCUCUGGAACAAGAACAUGACUUCGCUUUCGCGGCCCCCCAGGGCCACAACCCCCAGAUAGACCCCCUUCGCUCGUCGAGACCUCCACGACACACUGUGUCACAUCCGCGUCCAAAGCGACUGUCCACCUCGAAUAAGUCAGGCAUGCCCCUGAGCAUAUUACCGUCGGCUCCCGCCUCUCCUCCUACUCCGGCGCCUUCGCCGACGCCUUAUCAACGUGCUCCUAGUUGGACUUCUGCGGGCGAAAACGAGGAUUCCUUUCUCCGGGAUGCCAGGGGCCAUUUUUCCAAUCUGAACGUUGCAGAAAGAGAGAGAUAUCUGGCCGAGUUGCUCAACAUGUGUGACAGCCACUUACUUUCCUUUGUUCACCACUUUGUAUCACCCAGACUCAAGAAAGAUCCUUUUGAGCAUCUGCCAGAUGAGCUCUGCUUAAGGGUAUUAUCAUAUAUCGACGAUCCUCUCAGCCUGGCUCGGGCCUCUCAAGUUUCGCAUCGAUGGCAUAAACUCCUGAAUGAUGAUAUGCUCUGGAAGAUCAUGUGCGACAAGCAUGCUUGGCGAAGAACGUCCUCCGUGGGCCCAAGUGACGACCUGGACUCGCCAUCGCCCUCUCAAGCGAGCCCAGGUCCCUACACAUUCAACAGCCGGUCUCCCAAGCGGGCCAUCGAUGGCUCGAUGGUUGGUCCCUCAAGCAGCGCACCGAACCUAACGUUACCGAGGCAAGAUGCUCUUUCAACCAGCCCUCGUGCUAGGAAGCGAGUGUCACAGUCGCACUAUUCUCAUUUCCGUCACAAAUACAUGAUUGAAGCUGCUUGGAGGAAAGGCGGUGAAAGCAUCAUCAAACACAUCACCCCGGAUCAAGGAGUGGUUACCAGCCUGCAUCUGACGGACAAAUAUAUCGUGGUGGCUAUGGACAAUGCCAAAAUUCAUGUCUUCAAUACAGUGGGUGAGCAUCAAAAAACACUCAAAGGCCAUGUCAUGGGUGUCUGGGCGAUGGUGCCUUGGGACGAUAUUCUGGUAUCUGGGGGCUGCGACCGUGAUGUGAGAGUAUGGGACAUGAAGACAGGUAGAAGCAUUCACGUCUUAAGGGGCCACACGUCGACGGUCAGGUGUCUAAAAAUGUCGGAUGCGAAUACGGCCAUUUCCGGAUCCAGAGACACGACGCUGCGGAUCUGGGAUCUGCAGUCUGGGGUCUGCAAGAAUGUGCUGGUCGGCCACCAAGCCAGUGUCCGGUGCUUGGCCAUUCAUGGCGACCUUGUCAUUUCUGGAUCUUACGAUACCACGGCCCGAGUUUGGAGCAUAUCUGAAGGCCGCUGUCUUCGGACGCUCACUGGACACUUCAGCCAGAUCUACGCCAUUGCCUUCGACGGUAACCGCUGCGCCACCGGCUCGCUUGAUACAAGUGUUAGGAUAUGGGAUCCAAAGACCGGCAUGUGCACCGCUAUCUUGCAGGGGCACACGUCCCUGGUUGGGCAACUGCAGCUUCGUGGUGAUACUCUUGUUACAGGUGGCUCCGACGGAUCCGUUCGUGUUUGGUCGUUGAAAACCAACUCGCCUAUUCAUCGUCUGGCUGCACAUGAUAAUAGUGUUACGAGUUUGCAGUUUGAUGACAACCGAAUUUUGAGCGGCGGCAGUGACGGACGUGUGAAAGUUUGGAGUGUAGAGACUGGUCAACUUGUCCGUGAGCUCAGUCAACCUGCCGAAGCUGUGUGGAGAGUGGCUUUUGAGGAGGAAAAGGCCGUCAUCAUGGCGAGCCGGUCAAAUCGGACUGUCAUGGAGGUGUGGUCCUUUUCACCGCCAGACGAAGUUGAUCGACGGUCGGAGAGUCCUCUGAGCAUGCCGGAACACGUCCCUCCAGCCGAUGAGGAGGAAGAACCGACUCAGUUCCACCCAGAACUCGGUGAUGGCGACGCGACCAUGAGCGACAUAUAG